AAUGACGUUUCAAUCGUACGGGGGUCUGUUCCGGGACGAAUCAGAAUAGCUUGAAACUCCCCGGGAACCGCAUGCCUCCACUUCCGCAUCAGAAUGCGUUCGAGUGCUCCGUGAGAGAUGGCAGCAACGUCCGAGAACGGCAAAACCAGCGAACUGCUGCGGAAACGAAUUGAAGCCAAACGAGAUUUGGAUAAGAAGUCGUUGGAGAGUGUCGAGGCUCUUCUAGAGAAAAACAUCAGCGAGAGCCAACUACUAGAACACUGCAACAACUUGUGGCAACAAAGCUAUCAGGACUGUACAGAGGAACGCGCCCUUGCCGAGCUUUGCGGCUAUCCUGUAUGCGACAAUCCUGUUGCUUCGCAAAACUUGAAGAUGCCGAAGUACAAGAUUUGUGUGCGCUCCAAAAAGGUAUAUUCAACGGAGAAGCAUCGAAUUUUCUGUAGUCUCAGAUGCGCGGAGAACUCUGAGUGGUUGAAGUCACAGCUGAGCGAGCUCCCAUUAUGGAUGGUCGAGGCUCCCUAUCGCAGGAAAAUAAAUUUACGGGAGGACGAUCGGAACAUACCCAAAGGCGGGAACCUCGAUGGAAACCUCCUCCCUGAACCAGAAAAGAUUUCUGCCAAAGAGAUCGAGCAUCUGUCACAGAGUGUCGAUCGAGUUUCACUCCGGGACGGUACACAGCACGCACCAAUUCCACGCACGGAACCAGUCCCCAGGCGAGAAGAAAUGACUGCGCCUGAGAUAUUCACGGUCGAGAAACUUGAAAAGCUGCUCUGUGAAUGGUUUACAAUCGCCUCUCUGCACCACAUCGUCGGUGAAGAUCGCUUUCUGGAACUCCGAGCUCAAUACGACCAGGGCGUAACCGCUCCCGGACGCCAUCCCGACGAUCGUAUGGCGGAUUACAUCCGGCUGAAUGCAUUUCUGGCUCAGCAGGAGAAACUCGAAGGGAUAACGUACGAAGACGAAGAUGAGGAUAUGGGAGCCGCGAAGGAGUCGUCCUUGGAGAAACCAGAGAGGAAUGUACCCUGCAGGCCCACUCGCAAGAGGAAGGUCGGUUUCAAGUCUGCGGGGAAGAACUGUCAAUCAAGAGAAUCCUCAGGUGAUCUGAAACUCCCGGAAAGCUCUCACACUUCCGAGCCAGUCCUGCCGCAUGUUGACAGACAUCAGCAGAGGUUAAUCAGAGAGCAGAUUCUUCUCGAUCGAAUUUCCCCAUUGGUAGCAACCGCCUCCUCUCUGAUGCAAACGCCGGCCCAUACGUUAGCGAGAGAUAUCUCCCAGCUACUGCGGACGUUCGACUUGACCCACGAAAAUUGCCUGGUCCGCCAUAAUGAAAUAGCCGUUGUGUUCGCUCUCAUUAUGAUGUUGCUGGACAGAAAAGCAGGUGGUGAAGGACAGAUGUCGAAAGAUGUGCGUCUUGCUCUCGAUGCGCCCCUGAAGAAAGCCGGUCUCGGCUGGGGAGAUAUCUGCGUGGCAUUACAAAAAGCAACGGAUCCGCGGAGAUUAUUCCAAUGUCCGGUGGAUCGUCCUGUAUGA